GGCAUCUUUGAGGUCGAUACUUCCGGGUCACUGGGAGAGUGCGGGAUUCCGGGGCCGAGAGCGGGUGGCGGAUCCGGGACCUCGCGUGAUUCUCGGAACCCGAGCAGGAGCGGCGUCUGUCGCUAUGGCUGUGACUCUGGACAAAGACGCUUAUUACCGACGAGUGAAGAGACUGUACAGCAAUUGGCGGAAAGGAGAAGAUGAAUAUGCCAACGUUGAUGCCAUUGUUGUAUCAGUGGGUGUUGAUGAAGAAAUUGUUUAUGCCAAAUCGACUGCCUUACAGACGUGGCUCUUUGGUUAUGAACUGACUGAUACUAUCAUGGUCUUCUGUGAUGACAAAAUUAUCUUUAUGGCCAGCAAGAAGAAAGUGGAGUUUUUAAAACAGAUUGCUAACACUAAGGGCAAUGAGAAUGCAAAUGGAGCCCCUGCCAUCACACUGCUGAUACGGGAAAAGAAUGAAAGCAAUAAGAGCAGCUUUGACAAAAUGAUUGAAGCCAUUAAAGAAAGCAAGAACGGCAAGAAGAUUGGAGUGUUCAGCAAAGACAAGUUCCCUGGAGAGUUCAUGAAGAACUGGAACGACUGCCUCAACAAAGAGGGCUUUGACAAAAUAGAUAUCAGUGCGGUUGUGGCUUAUACCAUUGCUGUAAAGGAGGAUGGGGAGCUCAACCUAAUGAAGAAAGCAGCUAGCAUCACUUCUGAGGUCUUCAACAAAUUCUUCAAGGAAAGAGUCAUGGAAAUAGUUGAUGCAGAUGAGAAAGUUCGACACAGCAAACUGGCUGAGUCUGUGGAAAAGGCCAUUGAAGAGAAAAAAUACCUUGCUGGGGCAGACCCUUCUACUGUGGAGAUGUGUUACCCUCCUAUCAUUCAGAGUGGUGGCAACUAUAAUCUCAAGUUCAGUGUGGUGAGUGACAAGAAUCACAUGCAUUUUGGGGCCAUCACUUGUGCCAUGGGUAUUCGCUUCAAAUCUUACUGCUCCAACCUUGUUCGCACUUUGAUGGUUGACCCUUCUCAGGAAGUUCAAGAAAAUUACAACUUUUUGCUCCAGCUUCAAGAGGAACUGCUAAAGGAAUUAAGACAUGGUGUGAAGAUAUGUGACGUGUAUAAUGCUGUCAUGGAUGUGGUUAAAAAGCAGAAGCCAGAGUUGCUGAACAAAAUUACCAAAAAUCUAGGGUUUGGAAUGGGAAUUGAAUUCCGUGAAGGCUCUUUAGUAAUUAAUAGUAAAAAUCAGUACAAACUAAAGAAAGGGAUGGUUUUCAGCAUCAAUUUGGGAUUCUCAGACCUUACUAACAAGGAAGGGAAGAAACCAGAAGAGAAAACCUAUGCUCUGUUCAUUGGUGACACAGUGCUUGUGGAUGAGGAUGGCCCAGCUACUGUCCUCACUUCUGUGAAGAAAAAAGUGAAGAAUGUGGGGAUUUUUCUAAAGAAUGAGGAUGAAGAGGAGGAGGAGGAGGAGAAAGAUGAGGCCGAGGACCUGUUGGGAAGAGGUUCUCGGGCAGCACUGCUUACUGAAAGAACACGAAACGAGAUGACCGCAGAAGAGAAGCGGAGAGCGCAUCAAAAGGAACUGGCAGCUCAACUCAACGAAGAAGCAAAGAGGCGACUGACUGAACAGAAAGGAGAGCAACAGAUUCAAAAAGCUCGCAAAUCUAACGUGUCCUAUAAAAACCCAUCUUUGAUGCCUAAGGAACCACAUAUUCGGGAAAUGAAGAUCUAUAUCGACAAGAAGUACGAGACCGUGAUAAUGCCUGUGUUCGGUAUCGCGACACCUUUUCACAUUGCCACAAUCAAGAAUAUAAGCAUGUCCGUGGAAGGAGAUUAUACUUACUUGCGAAUCAACUUCUAUUGCCCAGGCAGUGCUCUUGGCAGGAAUGAGGGCAACAUCUUUCCUAACCCAGAAGCCACUUUUGUCAAGGAAAUCACAUACCGAGCUUCAAAUAUGAAGGCACCUGGAGAACAGACUGUACCAGCCUUGAACCUCCAGAAUGCUUUCCGAAUUAUAAAAGAAGUACAGAAGCGUUAUAAGACCCGGGAAGCAGAAGAGAAGGAGAAGGAGGGCAUUGUGAAACAAGACUCCCUAGUGAUCAAUCUAAACCGGAGCAAUCCCAAACUGAAAGAUCUAUACAUUCGCCCAAACAUUGCCCAGAAGAGGAUGCAGGGUUCCCUGGAGGCCCACGUCAACGGUUUCCGCUUCACAUCUGUUCGAGGAGACAAAGUGGAUAUUCUGUAUAAUAACAUCAAGCAUGCUUUGUUUCAGCCAUGUGAUGGAGAAAUGAUUAUUGUCUUGCACUUUCACCUCAAGAAUGCCAUCAUGUUCGGGAAGAAGCGGCACACGGAUGUGCAAUUCUACACAGAAGUGGGAGAGAUCACCACGGACUUGGGGAAACAUCAGCAUAUGCACGACCGAGAUGACCUCUAUGCUGAGCAGAUGGAACGAGAAAUGAGGCAUAAACUGAAAACAGCGUUUAAAAAUUUCAUUGAGAAAGUAGAGGCUCUGACUAAGGAGGAACUGGAAUUCGAAGUGCCUUUUAGGGACUUGGGAUUUAAUGGAGCUCCUUACAGGAGUACCUGCCUCCUUCAGCCCACUAGUAGUGCGCUUGUAAACGCUACAGAGUGGCCACCUUUUGUGGUGACCUUGGAUGAAGUGGAGCUGAUUCACUUCGAGCGGGUUCAGUUUCACCUGAAGAACUUUGAUAUGGUGAUAGUCUACAAGGACUACAGCAAGAAAGUGACGAUGAUCAACGCCAUUCCGGUAGCCUCCCUAGACCCCAUCAAGGAGUGGCUGAAUUCCUGUGACCUAAAGUACACAGAAGGAGUACAGUCUCUCAACUGGACUAAAAUCAUGAAGACCAUUGUUGAUGACCCUGAGGGCUUCUUCGAACAAGGUGGCUGGUCUUUCCUAGAACCUGAGGGUGAGGGGAGUGAUGCUGAGGAAGGGGAUUCAGAGUCUGAAAUUGAAGAUGAGACUUUCAAUCCUUCGGAAGACGACUAUGAAGAGGAGGAGGAGGAUAGUGAUGAAGAUUAUUCAUCAGAAGCUGAAGAAUCAGACUAUUCCAAGGAAUCAUUGGGCAGUGAAGAAGAGAGUGGAAAGGAUUGGGAUGAACUGGAGGAAGAAGCCCGAAAAGCGGACCGUGAAAGUCGUUACGAGGAAGAAGAAGAACAGAGUCGAAGUAUGAGCCGGAAGAGGAAGGCAUCUGUGCACAGCUCAGGCCGUGGCUCUAACCGUGGUUCCAGACACAGCUCUGCACCCCCCAAGAAAAAGAGGAAGUAACUUCUGAACUCUGGUCCUCAGCUCCAUUCUUUAUCCAGCCAACCCCUACAAAUUUUACAUGACAUAGAAACUGUAUUUUUCCUUUUUUUUUUUUUUUUUUUCCUUUUGAAGUUUUGCCAUUUGUGUUUAUGGGUUUAGGGGGCCAUUUGUGUGGACCAAUCUACUCGGGGAAUUCCAGGCCCACCAGGACACGUGCCAGUGGCCCCAUCCAGAUGGCAAGGGAGGUGUUCUUGAAGAAGGGCAGAGGCUUCCGCUGUUGAUAAAUACCGUUUCAUUCCUCUCUCUUCCUGUCACCUUCCGCCAGGACAUCGAUGGCUUCUGACAUCUUACUCUUUGAUGUCUCAAAGCUAUGUUUCCAAGACAUUGGUACGAGGUGACCCCUAACUACCUGUACCAUGGUUCUUGACCAGCAGAUUCAGUCCUCCAUCCUGCCCCACUGCCAUGACCUUCCUCACAUCUCUUUUAAGUUCCAUCUUUGCAGUGCUCAAGAAAAGGUUCUUGGAAUUUGCUGAUAGUUGUGAUAAACCAUACAACUUGAGCUAGUGAGGGCAGAUCGGGCCGGUACCUCCGCCUGAGUUUUCCUGCCUGUUUGCCUCGUGCCGAUAGAGGUGUUUCUGCCGCCUUUGAAGACAAGAAGCAGGGACACCCCCUGGCUCGGUUUCAUCCUCCUUAC